AUGGCAGAGAAUGACCUUUACAAUCUUGAAGUACUCUCCCUAGUCGCUAAAAUUACCCAGGAGAUUGACAACUAUACUGGCAUAAACGAUAAAACACUCGCUGAAUUUGUCAUUUCUCUCCACGACCAGUCUAAAUCACUUCCCGACUUCAAAUCACAGCUCAGUAAUGCUGGCGCUGAAUUCCCCGACUCGUUUAUUGAGAACGUGGAUCGUUUAAUUCUAAGCUUGCAUCCGAAACACAAGAAGAAAUCCAGUUCAGUUACUCAUGGCGCCUUAAACGCCCUAGCGAACGGAGACGCGCUUGAUCGUGAAAAGGACAAGCAGAAACGACUUUUCCCUGGGCUCGCUGUGCCAGACAAGGAGGUAAAGAAGGAUGUGCUCAUGAAAGAGGUGGACGAUAUGAUGGCUCAGUUUGAAGGUGUUGCGAAGAGGGCAAAAACAACAGACGAGGAUGAGAGACCUGCGAUGCGGGAACGAAGAGACCGAUCUCGGUCACGGUCACCACACCGUCGUAGUCCAAGCCCUGACAGGGGUCGCAAUUACAACUCAAGGAGGGAUGAUUGGAGGGGGAGAAACGCAGACGAGCGGCCGGUAUUGUUUAAAAUCUACAGUGGCCGAAUAUCAAGCCUCAAAGAUUUCGGCGCUUUUGCGCAACUGGAGGGUGUUGCGGGACGU